AUUGUCAAGAGUGAGGAAUGUGAGAUUGGUUCUCGCUUGUCAAGUGUAGAAAUGAUUGAAGAGCAAGGCUGACAUGCAUCGCAGUCACGACAUCAUGAGAUCCGUUGCACCUCAUGGCUUUACGGCAGACUGUAUGCCGACACAUUGACGGGACAUGUUAGCACGACGGUGCACUUGGUUGAAACAGAAAAAAUCAACACGAAUAUGUCCAAUGUUAUUUGAUUACAUUAUUAGACCGUGUCGAGGACAUUUCGCACCGAUAAACAGAUGAUAUGUUAAACUGCACAUCCAGAAUCUCAGACGUAGACAUCAAUUGCAAUUGAAUGUUACUAUCUCGUGCCUUUCAGAUGCUUGCCUGGUUAACUUUAUACUUAAACGAAAUGCUUGCUUUUUUCGUCCGGGAAUUUGCUCUGCGAGACUCCUCAAAAGUCGUCCAUUCUUUCUUUUGGAAACCUGUCAGCUUUUUGAUAUUAAGCGGAGACGCCCAGACAUCUGUCGUUUCCCAUUAUCAUUGUACUUGAGCUAGGUUGUGAUAUGUGCCAGCAGGGUAUUUCGGAACACAGACAAAAAUUUUCUUGUUCUAGGUACUAGACGUCGUUCACUAAUCCUACGAUGCUUUGAACAUAUGGUAUAUUUACUUUAGCUGCGACCGAUACAAGCGGAUGUAACAUAUCUAGCAUGUGAUAUCCGAAAAAGCGGAUGCCUUUUGGUAGUGGGAUAAGUGAUACGCUUACUGAGUUAGUUUUGAAGAGCAGUAGAUGCUAUGGGUUGUGAUUUUCGCCACUGCUGCCGCAUGUUCAUCUGCAUGAAGUCCCAAUGCUACAAGAAGCUUGUUUGAGGGUAGCGCCAAAUGACUAAGCUGCAUUGACAUUUGUCAGUUUAACUCUUGAAAUUUACCCC